AUGGCAGCAUCAGACGCUCAUAAUAACAAUAAGAAAAGGUCAAAUAGAAGAAGAAAAAAGAGAAGAACAGAAGAUUUUUCUUCUUCGAGUGAAUCAUCCUCUUCAUCAUCCUCUGAAUCAGAUCACGAAGACUUAGAUGAACCUGAAAAAGAAAUACUGAAACAAGAUAUAAACAUCGAUGAUAUAGAUAUAGAAUCGGACAAUGAAAAUAGUGCUUUGACAAAUGAUAAGGGUAAUAAAUUGAUACCGCAGAAUUUAUCAAUAACUGAAAAACAACAAUUAAGUACUGUACCAUUCACAACAACAUCGAUUUCUAAUAUCACUAAUGAUAAUCAAAUUAAAAACACACCAAAUAUAAAUGAAAUUAGCAAAAAUUUGGAUCAAAAGAAAACUCAAUUGAACAAUGAAUUCUUAAAAAUUAUGACUACUGAAUUUGGCGAUGAUUUAGAUGAAUUAAGAAAGAAACCAGAUUUCACAGAAAAAUCAUUGGUGAUACUAGCUAAAACUUUGCAACUGGGGGUUAAUAUGUUUGACAUUGAUGUUUUAAAUGGGUUAAUACAAGAGAGUGGAAAUACUAGUAAUCAAUAG